AUGGAACCAUCCGUUCCGCUCAAGUAUUCCAUCACCCAAGGCUCUCCUCACAGUGGUCAAUAUGCACCUGAAAACAUCCUCGUCGACAAUCCAUCAGACCAGUCAAGCAGAUGGAGUGGUGCAACACAUGGUGCUACAAAACAGUGGAUACUGUUACGCCUGGACUCGCUCGCCGUUGUCAAGAGCAUAACUUUUGGAAAGAAUCCAGCUCAUCCGUGCAAUGUGAAGGAAUUCCAGGUGUCUGUCGGAAUGACGGAAGACAACAUGACUGAAAUCUUUCGUGGCAUACUCAAGAACGACAGCAUAUCCGAAACAUUCUCCAUCCGACAUACCAACAACUCUGGUGUAUGUUUUCCUACGCGCUUCGUAAAGAUAAUACCCAUAUCUUCCCAUUCGCCUGGUUUUCAUCCUUCGAUAUGGUUCGUCUCCUUGACAGGCAUCUCGGACCACGCAUAUAUCCAGAGCGUCCAGAAGGAAUACGACGAGUUUCGCGAAACGACUGCCCUCCGGCUCAUCCUCAAGCACCUACGGCAACGCCGGCUUCUCUCUCCGUACAUGGCCAUCGUCGAACGCGCCGGGCUCCGUGUCGAGCAUCCUCUUGUCUCUGACCUCUACGAUGCUAUCGUACUGUGCGGGAACUGGGACGAUGCCGAGCGUCUCCUCAUACAAAUGUCAGACGCAGGCCUCUUUACAGAGUACCUCCAAUCUUGCCAGCCCCAUGGCGUAUGGCAGCGACUUCAUGGCACUAAUGCAGACGGAGAUGUCCCUUGCCCUCGUGGUGGUCACGCCAUGUGCAUCGACACUGCGCGGAGCAUCAUCUACAUGUUCGGUGGCUGGGAUGGACAGAAGAGUUUGGACGAUUUCUGGGCCUACGAUAUCAAGGAUGACAAGUGGCGCGUUCUUUGCCACAGUACCUCUUCAGAGCAAAAUGCGCCGGGAGCACGUUCUUGCCAUAAAAUGGUGUUCGACUCAAAGACCGGAAGUAUUUAUGUAUUUGGGAGACUGGGUGAUGGUGAUUCAUUGAGGCCCGAGAACGAUGCGAGAACGGAAACACCCACGGCUUCUGCUGUCCCCUGUUCAGAGUUUUAUAGGUAUCACACUCGUGGCGCAGAUUCUGGGAAAUGGGACUAUCUGGCAUUUGAUACCGCGGCAUCAGGCGGGCCGCCUCUGAUAUUUGAUCAUCAAAUGGUUAUGGACAGCGAUGCUCAGAUUCUCUACGUCUUCGGUGGGCGAGUUGUAGACAACGAUGUGGCCGUCAAGUAUUCGGGACUCUACAGUUACAACGUGCGCCUGAGCAAGUGGAAGCAUCUUCAUCCGACAGAAAUUUCUGGCAAGAGCAUUCCUUCUCGCUUCGGACAUUCAAUGGUACUCGAGCCAACAACGAAGACGUUGUUCAUCUUUGCUGGCCAACGAGAUGAUAAGUACUUAUCUGAUAUGUAUGCCUACGACAUUGCCACCAACAUCGUCACGGAGCUAUUUUCGAACUUCACUGCUUCUGGAGGGCCGGAUGCUUGCUUUACCCAGCGAGCCGUCAUUGAUCCUCGCUUGAAGGAGUUAUACAUAUUUUGCGGUCUUACACGGGCUCCUCAUGCUGGUUCGUUGACCGUUCUACCCUCAGAUCCGCCGAAUUGGGUCUUUCGGUACCAUUCACGACCGGGACGAUGGGUUAAAGUUCUCCCCGAGCAGCAGGAACGAAAGAAUCACCACCCGUGUCAAGAACCUGUUCCCCGGUAUGCGCAUCAGGUGGUGUACGAUCCAAAUGUGAAGACGAUGUUCAUGCAUGGUGGGAAUGCCGGUAUCACUGGGGCCAUGGAGCGUGCCACACACGGAGAUGACAAAGAGGAAGGCGGAAAGGAGACGCGACUUGACGAUUUCUGGCGCAUGAACCUUGUUCGACCAGCAGCCAAGGAGAUAAUACGUAGAGCGAAGUUCCGGGUUCGGCAACAACAGUUCCGGGAAAUGAGCGAAACGGUAUCUCAAGUGAAGGCUCUAGCAUUCCUGCAAACGGACGUGUCGAACGUCGUGGAUCACAACGAUCCAACAGAAACAGAGCUAUUCCGGUCAUUACUCACACACCUUUUGACACCUCAGUUGCCUAUGCCAGUAGCCCAGAAAUACCCCUCAGAGCAUGAGGAUACGCCUCCAAGAAAGCGCUCGCGCCCGAAUACGCCGAAGGAUGAUACUGAGGUGUGGACGAAUGAUGUAUUGGGCGCGAUUAAAUCGCCGACUGUUGCUGGCAUGGAGCGUUUAUCGAUUAGUGGCGAUUCACUGCGGCACCGCGCGGACCCUGUCGAGUCAGAAGGGGAGAUGGACUCUGAGCGGUUCAAGCAGAGGACUGAGGUGUUUGAGGAGCUGCUGGUGUAUGUGUCAAGUGACGCGAAGCAGCCUGACAGGAACUUGCUGGAUUUGGUGAACGCCGAUGGUGUGUAA